AUCAAUGACUACAACUACAACACCUACAUCUUCAACUACCACAACACCAUCUUCAACUACCACAACACCUGCAACAACGAUCACACGUACAACUACAACACCUGCCACUACAACCACAAUACCCGUUACUACGACCACAACACCUGCAACAACCACCCAAACUACAACAUCAAUGACUACAACUACAACUCCUACAUCCACAACAACUGCCACUACAACUACAACACCAUCUUCAACUACCACAACACCUGCAACAACAACCACCCAAACUACAACACCAAUGACUACAACUACAACUCCUACAUCCACAACUGCCCCUACAACUACAACACCUUUAUCCACAACAACUGCCACUACAACCACAACACCUUCUGCAACGACCACAACACCUGCAACAACAACCACCCAAACUACAAUAUCAUUGACUACUACUACAACACCUACAUCCACAACAACUGUCACUACAACUACAACACCUUCUUCAACGACCACAACACCUGCAACAACGAUCACACGUACAACUACAACACCUGCCACUACAACCACAACACCUGUUACUACGACCACCACACUUGCAACUACAACUACAACACGUAAACCUACUGUCACAGUCACGACCACAACGACAACUACAAUUACAAAACCUACUGCAAUCACAACAACAACAACCACAAGCUCAAAACCUGAAACUACAACCACGACUAGGACAACCAUUACAAGAUCAACAUCUGCAAGUACUACAGUUCUGGUGGAAUCAUUCCUGUCGCCGCCAGAGUCUUUCAAUACUGAUGAACAGCCACGAUGAAGUCGAUCAAAUUUGCACCACACCAAACGGUCACAAUCUGUAAUCAUUCAGUUCCAAACGCAAUGCUACCGCUGAUGGUGCACAGGACAAAGCCAAAUUAGUUCCACCAGGCCUUGAAAUAUGUAUAAUAGUGCUUACUGUGUGUGUGCAACUGUAUCAGCGGUGUACCCAUGCCAUGGAUGAGACAGAUUUUCUGGAAACUGUGUAUUAGAAGUUGUGUGUGGAUCAACAUCCCUGAACAGCGUGAGGAAGAACAUGCCAUUGCACAUCUUUGUAUUUCCGUGCCUAGGAUCUCACCCUGUGCAUGCUACUCAGCAAUUUAACCUCUCACUUCUGUGUAAGCACAUAAAUCUAAAGUGUGCAAGUUUGUUCCCUCUUGACGUGUUCCGUACUAUGCUCUUACAUCGUUGUGCCUUAGCUAUAUGUAUCUCACCCCAAAUGUGUAGAUAUAGACCACUGAGUGUGUAAGAUCUAUACAUGUUCUUAAAACAUUGUUUUCACAUGUAAUUACAGA